UUACCUAAUUGUUUUAGUUAUAGUGCUUUGUGUAGAUAAUUGGAACUAAAAUUAUUCGAUGAAUUAAUUCAGAUUGCCGUUUAUUGUAUUCCAAUAUACUGUGAGCGAAUAAGAAUAUAACCGUAUGUAGAAUUUGAUAAAAUAGUAAAAGGAAAAACUAACUCAAAGAACUGUACACAAAUCAUAGUACUUUGUCCUACGCAAAAAACCGCACAACAUAACUGCCCUGCAAGCAAUUGGUAGUAUGAAUUCGCGCCGCCAUUAACGCUACUAACACAAACGAUUACGCCAGAAAAACAAGAAUCGACGCAGCAACAGGCUGAUAAUAUUCGAUAUGAAAUAAAUAGAAGCAAAAAGACGUCGUCAACCACAGCACAAUAAGAAACGAAUACGAGAGCCGAAGGAACUUCUCAAAUAAGAAGAAUCAAAAUAAAACAUAAUACAUAUAAAUUGGAAUAACUAUAAACGAAACAGCGAUCAUCACACAUAUUUGCCCAUGUGCUAUAUCAAGUGUAUUUUUGUGCUGUCAUUGCGACUUUCAUUGUGGUUUAUUUUCUUGUGCUUUGUUAUACGAUCAAUUGAAAACCAAAUUAAAAAUAAUUAAAUAUUGCAAUCGAAAAAGUGGUUCAUAAUACGUUAUCAAAGACACACACAUCUCUAUUUUAACUUGUGCCUUUGCCUGGAAGAAUUCUAGAGUAUUCAUUUCGUAUCGCUGUGUACAACGGGAAAAGCGUGCUUCUCCCCAUAAAUUAUAUAUUUUAUACUUGGAAUAACAAUAUUUGUUUUCGAUAAUGUCUGCAGCUAUUAUACAGCAGAAGAGUACAAACAAUUCUUCAUUAAUUUACUUUGAGUGCGGUGAUAUUUUUAAAGCGAACCAGUCAAAUGAUCAACAGCAACAUAUUCGUUCAAGUCGUACAGUUAGCAACAAUGGUGAUAUAAUUACUUCCGAAAUGGAUGAUUCUGUCAAAGCAGUCGACCAGAAAGUAAAGCUGGACAUCAAGAAAGAUUCUGAUCAAUGCCGUCCGCACACUGCGUUGACCAGAACCAUUUCGCAACCACAACCUCAGGCACAACAUGAGGCAAAUGUUGAGUCCUAUGUAACAACUAUAUUAGAAAACUUCGGAAACUUGAACUUACAUCGUAAACUGGAGAGAACACAAUCUGAACCCUUACCACAGCAAGUUAAUACUUCUAGAUAUAAAACCGAACUUUGUCGUCCGUUCGAAGAAGCCGGUGAAUGCAAGUAUGGAGAAAAGUGCCAGUUUGCUCAUGGAUAUCAUGAGCUACGAAACUUACAAAGACACCCAAAGUACAAAACCGAAUAUUGUCGCACAUUCCACAGCGUUGGAUUUUGUCCUUAUGGCCCAAGAUGUCAUUUUGUACAUAACGCGGAUGAAGCUAGAGCUUUACAACAAAUGCAGCAGCAACAACAGCAGCAACAACAGCAACAACAACAGCAGCAAACAAAAUUGCAAAAUCAUUCCAGUUUUCAUAACUGCAUCACAACUUAUCCAUUGCAGCCUAAACCAGGAAACAGCGCAGCUAAUCUCAAUCAUUCACUACCUUUGAGCCCUCCCCUGAGCAUGUCAACAGGCUCAGAUCGAGAGUCACCCACAGGGUCAUUAUCCUUAAGUCCUACCAGUUCUAUGACUAAUUUUACAUUUGGCGAUCAAGUUAGCCCGGUAAAUUCGGUUUUCCAGAACACAUUUCCUUACGUAAACACUCCACCCGAAAGCCCAAACGCACCAAUUUCCCCAGUGAAUACACCACCACCUAAUAUAAUGUUAGGUUCAAUACAAAAUCAGACUUCGUUGUACAUAAAGCCUGUUACAAUUCAAGGCAAACAGGUCCUACAAAAGAGUUCGAGCUCUCCAAUCGCUAUAAUCAGGAAUGUUAAUAAAAUUCCGGCCAAAGUUAAUUCUGUUUCAUCACUUAACAGUGGUGAAGAUGCACGUCUGCCAGUUUUUAACAGAUUGAGCUCAGCUGUUGAAAAGUUUCCUAACAAAGCUUUAUAAUUUGACGAAAUCUCAAUUUGAAUAUAAUUAAAAUUUCUAGUUUUUUUGUUGUUUUACAUUUUAAAUUAUACAUAUAUAUAUAUACAAGCUAAAUUAUUAAACAAAAAAUAUAUUUUACGAUAAUUUAUAUAUUUUAUAUUAAAUAUCUCUUUAUCCAGAAAAUGGGUAUAUACUAGAAAGGGGACUUAGUUCGUAGGAAAGAGUUGGAGAAAGAUGAAUAGGCAAAAUAUGCUUUUGCAUUUAUUAAAUUAUCUAUAUAUAAUAUUUAUUUUAUAUAUACAAUAUAUCAUUUCAUUUUGUUUACAGAAAUAUUUUAUAUACCACUAAAAUACUUCCAUAUAAAAUUUUUAAUUUAUAACUUAAACACAAUGGAUAAUGUAAUAAAUUAGGUGCAGUUAUGAAAUUUAUUAAUGAAAUGAAGUCAAUGUGAGAUGAGAAAUUAAUAUUUUGUAGUAUUAAAAUUGAAAAUAUAUUUACCCGGAUACUAUAUUAACGUAACUACCUGUAUAACGUAAAUUAUUACCUACUUUUAUCUUUUUACACAAUAAUAAUGUGUAAAUGAAAUGAAAAAUAUUUAUUCCAAUACGUUACAAAAACUCGAAGAUGGUUAACACUGAUGAAAAUUCUCAAAGUGCCUUACAGUUAAUUAAAUAUAUACAUAUGUAGAUAUUUUAGUAUUUAUACAAUUUUUAUUUAAUUGGUUAAGAGAUGAUUCGUGAAUUAGUCGUCUUCCUUUUUUACUUUCGUUAAAAAAAUGCUUCCAUUUAUUUUUACAUGUGCUUAUACAAAUUUUGAAUAAAAUACAUUUACU